UAUACAUAUACAUAUACAUAUAUGUAUACAUAUACAUAUACAUAUAUGGUUCAUUGUAUCCACAUGAUAAUACCAACAUUUAUCUUUCUCCUCUCCAUUUCACCCUUUCCCCAUGCCCAAAGCUACCAUAGCCACCAUGACAGCAGCUGGCAAAUGGCACACGCCACAUUCUACGGAGGCUCAGAUGCCUCCGGCACAAUGGUUAACAAUCAUUGAAUCGACUAAUUUAGGUGGAGCGUGUGGGUAUGGUAACUUGUACAGCCAGGGUUACGGUACAAGCACUGCAGCUCUAAGUACCGCCCUCUUCAACAAGGGCUUGAGCUGCGGUGCUUGCUACCAAAUGAGAUGCACGGGCGACCUCAAAUGGUGCCGCCAGGGAAGCAUCACCAUCACCGCCACCAACUUCUGCCCACCUAACUACGCACUUGCCUCCAAUAAUGGUGGUUGGUGCAACCCGCCACGUCAACAUUUCGACCUAGCCGAGCCUGCCUUCUUAAGAAUCGCUCAAUACCGAGCGGGAAUAGUCCCUGUCGUAUACAAGAGGGUCCCGUGCAUGAAGAAAGGAGGAAUUAGGUUUACGAUGAACGGACACCCGUAUUUCAUUUUGGUCCUUGUAACGAAUGUAGGUGGGGCCGGUGACAUACACAGCGUGUGGAUUAAGGGGUCGAGUACCGGGUGGCAGCCCAUGACCCGAAACUGGGGGCAAAAUUGGCAGAGCCACUUGUAUCUCAACGGUCAGUCUCUCUCGUUCAGAGUCACCGCUAGCGACGGCCGGACUCUGACAGCUAACCGUGUCGCGCCCAACAGCUGGCAGUUCGGUCAAACCUACGAGGGCCCACAGUUUUAGUUUCAGACAUGACUCAGCAAUCAGGCAAUAUGUAUUUGGUGGACUAGUUGUUUAUUCAAGUCAAGUGCCUGUGUACUGCAAUAAAUCUGUAUUUUUUGUUACUUUUCAGGUUACAACUCAACACAUCAUAAGUCUAAAAGAAUAUAGAUUUAUUUACUGCAUUCAAAA